AUGUUAGUCAAUAUUCAAAUUGUGUUUACUGUAGUUGGAACGAUACUGCUGGCAGUUCAAUGUUCCACGGUGCAGAAGCCCGAAGAUGGAGCUGUUAAGGAACAAGAACGUUCUAAACGAGAAUCAUUAUUUUCUUCACCCAUCUAUUAUGAUCCCAUGCCACAACAAUCAGUUCAGCCACUGCCUGUAGCACCGCCUCUACCUCAGCCUCCACAAACUCCCCCACAACAGCAGCAGGGUCUGCCUAUACUGGGAGCUUUGAUAAGUAAUGUGCCUGGAUUGAAUGGCAUAAGCUCGACCUUAACCACUUUAGUGCCUUUGGGUAAUCUGGGCAAUUUGGGUAACCUGGGUGGUUUGGGAAAUCUGGGUAAUUUGGGAAAUUUAGGAGGGCUGGGCAACUUGGGUGGUUUAACCAACUUAGGAGGUCUUGGCAAUUUAGGCGGUUUGACUAAUUUAGGUGGUCUUGGCAAUUUAGGUGGUCUUGGUAAUUUAGGGGGUGGGGGGAAUUUGGGUGGUUUGGGUAACUUGGGUAACUUAGGUAAUUUGCCCAUCUUGGGAGGACUUUUACCGGGUGGCAAUCAGAGAUGUCCUUUGGGACAAACUUUAAACUGUCGCUGUGACAGCUUACUACCUUUGCCUGUUGCACCAGCUGUGAGAUACACUGAUGGUUUGGAGAUUUUAAAGCAAAAUAUGAAAUUAAAUUUAAAUGGAGACAAGGAAAUUAGUGCCCUCUUAAGCAAUGGCAUUUUACUCUAUCAACGUUCCGGCUUGGAAAAACUUGCCAACAAUCAAAACUCUAAAGUUAUUCAAGGCUAUUAUAGUCUUAAGAUUACGGAUAGCAAGUACCUAACAAUUUAUUAUACCAUUAAUGACUUGGAUUACACAGUCAAAGCUGAUGUUACAACAGAACCCCCCCAAAACGAUUUAGAUGCAUCGACAGCCACAGUAGCGGUUUAAACAAA